GUUCAGCGGCAGCAGCGACAGUCUGCGGGCAGAGGAAGCAGCGGCAUCACAAACACCACCACCUCCACCAGCAGCGGCAACAGCAACAGCAGCACACGACCGAGCAGUCCUCCAUGGGAUCCCCGGGGCGGGUUAAAAAGAUGCCAUGACGUUACCAGGGGUUGACAGCUGAUGGAGAGGAGACCCUGCUCCUCCUCUCUCUCACACUCAGCCUGGAUCGUAUGAGGAGGAUGUGGAGCCGAGAAAUGACACCCUGAACUGGACUGACACUUCACUCACGUCAAACUGGAAGCGCUGGGUUGUGUUGAAUGGAUUGCGAGAGUUUACAAGCUUUUUUGUGGAUGUUUGUUUUUGAUCAGCUGACACUAGUCUGGAACUUACCACAGAGGAUUUCUAAAUAUUUAUUGCGAUUCCCCCAUCUGUUGCCUUGUUACUGAGACGUCAUCAGAGAGGCAGCUUACUGAUCAAACACAUCACAAUGACUUGAAUGAGUGCCUUUUGUUGUGUAUGCAUCCCAUCUGGGUACAUGUCCCUAAUUCAACAACCUCAUUUGUGCUUUUACUGAUCACCCUCAAUCUGUACUGCAAAUCAAGGAGACAGCAGAGGGAAAGCGCCAGUACUAUGCACCGUUGCCGUUGUCUCGCAUCCGACACCGAACCAGUAACCUCAGCGGAGGAGAGGAGCUCAUAACGGUACCGACCCUCCCUCAAAGAACCUCCUGACCUCCCGCCUGGUACUGUUUUCAUCCACUGGGGUGUAGAGAGCUGCAGGGAUGUUCGCCGCCGUGGAGCAUGGUCCUGUCCUCUGCAGCGAUUCCAACAUCCUUUGCCUGUCCUGGAAGGGCCGGGUGCCCAAGAGUGAGAAGGAGAAGCCGGUGUGCAGGAAGCGGUACUACGAGGAGGGCUGGCUGGCUACUGGGAAUGGCCGAGGAGUCGUUGGGGUCACGUUCACGUCCAGCCACUGUCGACGGGACCGGCCCACUCCACAGAGAGUGAACUUUAACCUCAGAGGACACAACAGCGAGGUGGUGUUGGUGCGGUGGAAUGAGCCCUUCCAGAAACUGGCCACCUGUGAUACAGAUGGAGGGAUCUUUGUUUGGAUCCAGUAUGAGGGACGCUGGUCUGUGGAGCUGGUCAAUGACCGUGGAGCUCAGGUGAGUGACUUCUCCUGGUCCCAUGAUGGAACCCAGGCUCUCAUCUCCUACAGGGAUGGAUUUGUCCUGGUGGGAUCAGUCAGCGGCCAGAGACACUGGUCCUCCGAGAUCAACCUGGAAAGCCAGAUAACCUGUGGUAUCUGGACCCCUGACGACCAGCAGGUGUUGUUUGGUACAGCAGACGGACAGGUGAUAGUGAUGGACUGCCAUGGGCGCAUGCUGGCCCACAUACUGCUGCAUGAGUCGGAUGGCAUCGUCGGCAUGUCCUGGAACUACCCCAGUUUUCUGGUGGAGGACAGCAGCGAGAGCGACACAGACUCCGACGACUACUCCCCACCACAAGUGCACAACCAUAGGCCACUGCUGACAGUCAGCUUCACCUCUGGGGACAUCAACCUGAUGAACAACUACGAUGACCUCUCUCCCACCCUCAUCCACACCAGACUAAAAGAUGUUGUGGUCCAGUGGUGCUCACAGGGAGACCUCCUGGCAGUGGCAGGGAUGGAGAGGACAGUCCUCUCCCCUGACCCUUCCUGUCCUCCCCCCACCAGGAACGCCAUUGUCAAGUUUUUCAAUGUUCAGGGUGAACACAUCUACACACUGGAAACACCAGCACAGCGUCCGAUCACAACGCUUUGCUGGGGUCACCGGGACUCCCGUCUGUUCUUGGCGUGUGGCCCAGCGCUUUAUGUUGUGCGAGUGGAACACCGCGUAGCCAGCCUGCAGCUCCUCUGCCAGCAGAGCAUAGCCACAGCAGUGAAAGAGGAAAAAGAUGUUGCCAAGCUCACCAUGCCUUCCCGCCUCUGCUCCUACGUCACUGCCGCUUUCAUUCCCACCAUCAAGCCCCCCAUCCCAGAUCCCAACAACAUGCGAGAUUUUGUGAGCUAUCCAACGUCUGGGAACGAGCGUCUGCACUGUACGAUGAAACGUACAGAGGACAACCCAGAGGUGGGGGGGCCCUGCUACACUCUGUACCUGGAGUACCUCGGAGGUCUAGUGCCGAUCCUCAAGGGCAGACGAAUAAGCAAACUGCGGCCGGAGUUUGUCAUUAUGGAUCCCAAGACUGAUGGGAAAACGGAUGAGAUAUACGGAAACAGUCUGAUAUCUGCCAUGAUCGACAGCUGUAACUGCUCGGACUCCAGUGACAUCGAGCUGAGCGAUGACUGGGUUGGCAAAAAAUCUCCAAAGAUAUCCAGAGGCAGCAAAUCCCCCAAACUGCCCAGGAUCAACAUUGAUCCCAGAAAAUCGCCCAAACUAUCUCGUGCUACACAGGAGAUCUCCCGGUCGCCACGGUUACCCAUACGGAAGCCCUCAAUUGGUUCGCCCAGUCUAACGAGGAGGGAAUUCCCUCUAGAUGACAUCACUCAGCAAAAUUACCUUGCUCAGGUCACAUCCAAUAUUUGGGGAACAAAGUUCAAGAUAGUGGGACUAGCCGCAUUCUUGCCGACCAAUCUGGGUGCAGUUAUCUACAAGACGAGCCUCCUCCAUCUGCAGCCCAGACAGAUGACCAUAUACCUGCCAGAGGUGCGUAAGAUCUCCAUGGACUACAUAAAUCUUCCUGUCUUCAGUGCCAACGUCUUCAGUGAGGAUGAAGAUGACCUUCCUGUCACAGGCCCUGCUGGUAGCACUGUGGACAACCCUGCCUGCACUGUUAACAUCCCCAUCGCCCCCAUUCAUAGUCCUGCACAGGCCAUGUCUCCUGCUCAAAGCAUUGGUCUUGUCCAGUCGCUCCUAGCCAAUCAAAAUGUUCAGUUGGAUAUCCUCACUAAUCCCACCGCAACCACUGCUGGUGCAGCUGCCGGGGGCUCAGACAAAAGUCAGGACACCAUCCUGACAGCCCAGUACACAGUUCCCACCAGGUAUUCUAAUCCUGGGCAGGUAAUCUUUGGAGGGUUGGAAAUGAGUCGCCUAAUGGUGGGACCUCCGCAUUCUCAUCAUUCAUCGCAACAACAACCAAAUCACCAUCAGCAGCAGCACCAACAUCAACUGCAACACCAACAACAACAAAUUCAACAGCAUCACCAACAACAGCUUCAGCAGCAACAGCAACUCCAACAACAGCAGCAGCAGAUGCUCCAGCACCAACAGUUACAACAGCACAUUCAGCAGCAGCUUCAACACAUGCAGCAGCAGCAGCAGCAACAGCAUCAACAGCAGCUGCAGCAGCACAUACAGCAGCAACAGCAGCUCCAACAGCAACAACAACAAAUCCAGCAGCAACAGCAACUACAACAGCAACAACAACAGAUUCAGCAGCAACUGCAGCAGCAGCAACAAAUGCACCAUCAACAGCAAUCACAGCAGCAUCAUCAGUUGCAACAACAGCAGCAGCAAUCACAGCAGCAGCAAUCACAGCAGCAGCAAUCACAGCAGCAGCAUCAGAUGCAACAGCAACAGCAGCAGCACCACCAUCAACUUCAGCAUCAGCUUCAGAUUCAAAUCCCUGUUCCCUCCAUGUCAUCAGGACAGCCUUCAGGUGCAGCUGUGCACCAGCUCCAGUCGGGGGCGCUGCAGAUCCAGAUUCCUCAUCCACCUGCUGAUUUAGUGGUUGAGAGAGCAGUGGGGAGUGAACACGAGCACCUACUGAAAAUCAAAACCACUCGUUCAACUCCACAGCUGGCUGAGGGGGAUACAGUGGUGUUCAGUGCCCCGCUGGAGCUCAGCAAGAUGAACCCCCCGCCCCCCUACCCAGGGACGGUGGCUGCUGCUGUGGCCGCUGCAGCGGCUGCUGCCUCAGCAUCAGCCUCCGCCACAGCCUCCAAUUCCGGAACAGUAGGGGGGACCAGUGGGACUCCUCCUCCUGGUGACAUUGGUCUGAAGAAGGGAGAGUUUACACUUUAUCCUUCAGGUCAGCAACAAGCACAGUACCCCACACCACUGGGAUAUGAAAGGAUAACAACAUUUGACAGCAGUGGGAAUGUGGAGGAAGUAUGUCGUCCUAGAACGCGCCUUGUCUGCAAUCAGAAUGUGUUCACACUCCAGGGACCUGGCAGCUCUGCCACUCUCAGGGUCACCUCUUCAUCAUCCUCUUCUUCAGCUGAGAAGAAGAUCCAGCUGCCCUAUACCUCUGCCACUCUCAACAGACUUACUGCACCUCGCUAUUCCAUACCCAGCGGUGAUCCGCCCCCAUACCCUGACACAGCCAAUCAAAACAGUGCUGUUGGAAGGAACCCUGGACAGAGGCUUGACAGCAGUCUCAUCCACGCCACUCUCAGGAGGAACAGCCGAGAGGCUGCUCUCAAAGUUUCCCAGAUGCUGGAACCACCUAGACCACUGCCUCCUAAGGCCAAAAAUAGUGCACUAGCUGCCUCAUUCCAGCAGAGGGUUCCAACAGCCUUAUAUACCUGUAGUCAGUGUAGCAGUGGAUCCAGUGUUGGAGGUACUGCUCCAGGAAGCACUAAUGGAAUAGCUGGAGGGACUAUUAUCAGACAAGAUUUCCCUCCCAGGAAUGGGGCCCCACACAGCACAGUUAUCGUUCAUUCCAACAGCACUACUACUCUGGCCUCCCAGUCUUCUUACAACCUACUGAGCGCUCUUGAAGGAUCUGGGAGUUCAGGAGGAGGAAGCAACAGAGACAGGGCCGAUUAUGUUAAUUCAGCUUUUACUGAGGAUGAAACACUGAAUCAGACUCUGAGGCAUCUGGCAUUAGGAGGAAGUGAUGCAUCAGGGUUGGUUGUCAAACGCCCACCUCCCUAUCAGUGGGACCCAGCUGCCACAGAGGAGGUGUGGGUUCCUCAGGAACGGACAGCAACAUUGAACCCCACUGGACCCCCCGGACCCCACAAACCACCCCCACUUAUUCUAACCCCAGCUCAGCACUUGGAUGUGUCCAGGCUGCCUUUUUUACUUUCACCAAAGUCACCCACCAGCCCCAGUGCUGCCUCAUUUCAAGCUGCAGCAGCAGCUGCAGGAUACCAAGUCUCUCUCCAGUACCCUCCAACAACUGCCUAUUCUGGUGCCCAGCUUCAGGCCAUCCCAGGGUCUCCACGCCCCUGCUCCUCCCCAAAGGAGAUGGUGGCCCCAGUACCAUUCUCACAGCAGGAAGCAACCCUUGUCUUACCGCCAGGUUAUGCAGCAAAUCUGGCCAGCCUGGCUUGCUGCCCCCUCCCACCCAUGUAUCCAGGAGGAAGCGCUUGCUCCGGGCUUCCCAUUCCUCCCAUUUCUCUUCACACUCCUUGGGGUACCUAUAACUCCUGCCCCCCUAUGUCCAGUCCUGCAGUACCGCUCCCACCGAAAGCCUCCCACAUGACAGUAGACAAAAAUGUUCUCUCUCCUCCUCCACCUCCUCCGCCCCCCCCUCCACCACCACCAGCAGAACUGCAGAGCCAUGGAGGACUGCAAGAGGCCAUGGCUGAGGCUGGGGAAGGUUUUCAGGAAGUGUUGUCUUUGACUGAGAGCCCUGUGCCACAGCGGUCGGAGAAGUUCAGCAAGAAGAACCGAAAGCGGGGAGAUGGUCGGGCUGACGAAGCCAACGUGCCACCACUAGCUGAAGGGAGCAAGCCGAAGAAGGAGGGCAGAGCUCUGGGUGACUUUAACUCGCUCAUCUCCAGUCCGCGGCUGGGAGGGAGGGACAAGAAGAAGCUGAAGGGACAGAAGGAGCAGCAGUUGAAGGCUAAGAAGUUGAGCAAAGCCACUGCCAAUAGCGAAUUCCAAGACAGUUCAGAAAGUGAGCCGGAGCUGUUCAUCAGCGGGGAUGAGCUGCUCAAUCAGUGCCAGAGCAGUAAGAAGGGAUGGAAGAGUAAGAGGAACAUGCGGGCUGCCAGUGAACUGGAUGAGAUCAAGUGUCGAAAGGCCAACGAGAAGGAGGACAGAGGGCUGGGCAGCCAGGGGUUUGUGUACGUCAUGGCCAACAAGCAGCCACUGUGGAAUGAGGCCACGCAGGUCUACCAGCUGGACUUUGGUGGACGCGUAACUCAGGAGUCUGCCAAGAACUUUCAAAUAGAACUUGAGGGCAGACAGGUGAUGCAGUUCGGCAGGAUUGAUGGCAACGCCUACAUCCUGGACUUCCAGUACCCCUUCUCUGCUGUACAGGCCUUUGCUGUGGCUUUAGCCAACGUCACUCAACGCCUCAAAUGAAAAGUGCUAUCCAUACUCACCCCGAGAUUUAUGUUGGAUCUAAAUGCAAUCUUUUGAAUGGGGCACAGUUGUUUCAUUUGAGUAAUCUUUUUUUGAUAUCGGAGAGAAGAGUAAAAUCCGCCCUGGUCAUAGAAAGAGAUACAAUCAUGCUGCACUACACAAUGCUGCCAAUAGAGUUGGUGCAAUAAGCAUUGGCUGCAUCUGCUAAGGAUGCCCUCAGAUUUCUCUCCAUUUGGGAGUCGGUGGCACCUUCGCAAUGCAUGUAGGGCCAAAGAGUUGAGCUUUGGUAAUCAUCAUGCAAAUAAAUGCUGCUUUAGCUAGAAGAAGCUUAAAGACAUGAGAACUGAUGGGGUGACUCAGAGAGGAAGUGUUGAGGUGCAGUUUUCAGACGAGGCAGCAGUAAUACUUGAAAACCACUCUGGAUAUCAAAGAUGGGUUGUUGUUGUUUUUUUUAUCCCAGAGCGCACAGGUACUACUGGGCACUGAAAUCCAUUGCUGUACAAAAACGUCAGUGAAACAGUUACCACUUUAUUAUAUUGCUUUUUGCUUUUAGGAUGUAAUUAAAUGACUAAAUGUGGUGGAGGGCGGGAGGGACUUUUUUAGUUUUUGCUCUCAGCCAUUCCUUCUGCUCAGUCUGUCUAGGCUGGAAUUGAGGCUUAGAUAUAUGCAUCAUUUAGGAGCACUACUAGGAGUUUCCCAACUUUGAAAAGUGUGUCAAAGGUCAAGGAGUGAAUAUGUCCGAGAUGAGCUGCAGUCUUUUCCACAUGGACUUUGAAGGACGAAGAAAUGUUACUCUGUUCCAUGGAUUAAUUUAUACGUGCAUUUUGUUCCUAUCUAUUCAGAUAUAAAUUUAAACGUUAUCAUGAUUGUUUGUGAUAUACAAUCCUCAUACCCUGUCGUCAUGGAUUUAAAUUGACCUGCUUUAUUUGGGAGACUGGUUACUGAAUUUGAAUAUUGCUGCGUAGUCUGGAGUAUUGAGGUGGAAGCGGUGUGAAGAAUAGCUUUGACUGACAUCCUGUACUUACUGAAAUAUCUACAUAUACAUUGUGACACAGGCACAGAUGGAACAACUUAACCUCUGGGAUGAAGUGAUUUGUCACCUGCUGUCACUUCUGUGAAGUGAGUGUGUAGUUUGGGGGGGGGGGGGGUGGGACUGACCCUGCUCUUAGAGAUCACACUAAACAUGUAAGCAAGGUACAGGAAAUAUUUUUGUAUAUUUCACCUAUGCCAUUUCAUACUCUUUACAGAAGUCAUGUAAAUACAUAUUGGUCAUGUGUAAAUGUCGUAGAGACGAUGGUGACUUUGAAAGAUGUCUGUUCAACGCCUGUCUCCAUUGUGUUUUAAGUGUAACUUCAGGUGUGGAGCGGAGCUGUGUAGUGCUGUUUAAACUCCACAGCCUCGACCACAAACAUGUUGUGAAGCUGAAAUCAUUGUCACUGAAUCUUUGAAGUCAGAACUCCAAUGAAGGAUGAAGCUAUUGAAAUCUGUUCAUUUAGUAAGCUGACACUGAAAUCUGAAAAGCUGGUUUAUUUUUAUUUUUAUUUCAGGCAGUGAAGCUUGUGUUCGUGUUAAACUAAGGACGGAGCAGGGCCGGUUUAUAGGAACCUGUGCAAGAGUAGGCACAUUUGCAAAUAUCUGCUAUAAGCUUUAUUUGUUUGAGACGGUACCCAAAAUCACAAAAAAUGCUAGGCUUGAUUAUGUGAGGUCAAUGUGAUUGGUGUCACCUCAAAUAUUUGUGCCAAAAAUACGCAUUUGCUGAAUAUUUAGAGUUGGAAAAAAAAUGGGCCAAGAGGCAAGUGUAACUUCCUGUUAUAAAAGAAAGCUGUCACUUUCGACCAGCUCUGCUUUGGUCUCUGAAUUUAUGAGAUUAUUACAUACUUAAGUGUGAUCUGUCCAUAUCACAUUGAGAUGCAUGUCUGUAAGAGGAGAGUUGGAAGGAUGGAAAUUGGAAAAGGAAUCUCAACUGAUCCUAGAAAAAUAAAAUAAAAAAAUAUUUUAAAAAACCUGAGCAUGGCAUAAAAAAAAAAUAACCACCUUUUUAUGUUAGUUGUGCAAUAUUUUGUUUGGGAAAAGAAAAUCAAUCCUUUGUCAUCACUUUUGACCACAGUUUGAUACCCUUCUUUUGUUCAGCAUCUCAAUUGCUGGUCUGUACAUUUUAUUUAUGAGAUUAUUUCUUAAAGGAGAUAUAGUAUCUAUACAUACUGUAUAUUGUGGAGUUUUCCGAACAUUUCUUUGCGUUGAUAAAAGUUUGUUGAAGCCCACGUUGUGAGGUUGGAAUGCCGAUUGGGGGGGGGGGGGGGUCAGGAAGGGGCAGAUUCUCUGUGUUUUGUGAAGUUUGCGUUGGAUUGAAAACGAUGUGAAUGAGUAAGUGCCCAGUUUAGUGUAGCUGGUAGACUAGUCUUGUAGAGUGUAACUGUCAAGUCAAGGUGUGUCUGUAUUCAACUGUGCAGUCUACCAAUCCCAUCAGUGUUAAAUCUAUCUUCAGAGGUGUGUGGUCAUGGCUUCUUUCCCGUACACUCACCAUUCACACGAGUUCACAAGUGUAAGCCACUGAGUUCAUGUUCAGAAUUGCCUAAGGAUUCACUUUAAACUGAUUUUAUGAGAUGACCUGUUGUAGAUAUAAUAGGAUUUGGCUUUUCUUUAGAAAAGAUAAUGUGCUUUGUAUUUGUAGGUGUAGACUUAACUGACAAAAACCCCACAAAAAAUCUGAGUCUGAUUUGGUGACUGAAUGUUUAUAGUGAAUGGAUAGUAAGGCAUGCCAUGUAAAUUAUUUUAUAAUUGUAUAUGUCACGCAUCUUUUGAAUAAAACGUCAUUGUUUCCGGAAAAAAAACAAAACAAUUUAUUGUUGUCUCAUU